AUGUCUGGGGACUUCUGCAGUCCCAAGUGUGAUAGCCGCGAUGCUUGUCCGAAAGACAUGCCAACGGGAGCGUCCGCGGAUCCGGAAUGCGCGUUGCGCACUGCUUCAGGAAACAAAUAUUGUGCCCUCUUGUGCAUGUCAGACUCAGACUGUGGCCAGGGCCUUUGUCAGCACAUUCUUGGCACCGGAAUUUGCACUUAUUCCACGGAAACCGGAGACCUGAGCACUCUGCAG